CCAAAAUACCAAAACAAAAGUGAGGCAGAAAGAGGAUAGGAAAACUGAUAUGUAUUUGAGGUCCUCCUUCUUCCACCCACGCAACACAACGCAAUAACAUAACAUUAACCAAGUUCCCAUCUUCAAUUCUCUCCUCAAUUAGCCAUGGCCGUUUCAAUUUCUUCUUCUUCUUCUUCAGUAACAGCAGCAGUUUCAUCAAAACUAGCAACCCAACCUCCACAUGCAUUUUCCACUUCCAUUUCCACCACCAACCACAAGCUAAUUACCCGCCUCUCCUCCUCAUUCCUGAACUCCUCCACCAUCCUCCACGUCACCCCCUCCUCCUCCGCCCGCCGCAACCGCUCUUCCUUCACCGUCCGCGCCGCCCGCGGCAAGUUCGAGCGGAAGAAGCCCCACGUGAACAUCGGCACAAUCGGCCACGUCGACCACGGCAAGACCACCCUGACCGCCGCCCUCACCAUGGCGCUCGCCUCCCUCGGCAACAGCGCCCCCAAGAAGUACGACGAGAUCGACGCUGCCCCUGAAGAGCGCGCCCGCGGCAUCACCAUCAACACCGCCACCGUCGAGUACGAGACCGAGACGCGCCACUACGCACACGUCGACUGCCCUGGUCACGCCGAUUAUGUCAAGAACAUGAUCACUGGUGCCGCCCAGAUGGACGGCGCCAUCCUCGUCGUCUCCGGCGCCGACGGCCCCAUGCCCCAAACCAAAGAACACAUCCUCCUAGCCAAACAGGUUGGUGUCCCUAACGUGGUUGUCUUCCUUAACAAGCAAGACCAGGUUGACGACGAGGAGCUCCUUGAGCUCGUGGAGCUCGAGGUCCGGGAGCUUCUCUCCUCCUACGAGUUUCCCGGUGAUGACAUCCCCAUCACCUCUGGCUCCGCCCUCCUCGCCCUGGAAGCUCUCAUGGCCAACCCUGCCAUCAAGCGUGGUGAGAACGAUUGGGUCGACAAGAUUUACCAGCUCAUGGACAAUGUUGAUAGCUACAUCCCCAUCCCUCAGCGCCAGACCGACCUCCCCUUCCUCCUUGCCAUUGAGGAUGUGUUCUCCAUCACCGGUCGUGGGACCGUUGCCACAGGGAGGAUUGAGAGGGGCACCAUCAAAGUCGGUGACGUCGUCGACCUUGUCGGAUUAAGAGAAACCAGGAACACCACCGUCACCGGAGUUGAGAUGUUCCAGAAGAUUCUUGACGACGCAAUGGCUGGGGACAAUGUGGGGUUGUUGCUGAGGGGUAUUCAGAAGAUUGAUAUUCAGAGAGGGAUGGUUUUGGCCAAGCCUGGAACCAUCACACCUCACACUAAGUUUGAUGCAAUUGUGUAUAUUCUGAAGAAGGAAGAAGGUGGGAGACACUCACCUUUCUUUGCAGGGUACAGGCCUCAGUUCUAUAUGAGAACCACUGAUGUUACUGGCAAGGUCACUGCCAUCAUGAACGAUAAGGAUGAAGAGUCCAAGAUGGUGAUGCCCGGUGACCGGGUUAAGAUGGUGGUGGAACUCAUCGUCCCGGUGGCGUGUGAGCAAGGAAUGAGGUUUGCUAUUAGGGAAGGAGGGAAGACUGUUGGAGCUGGUGUUAUCCAAUCUAUCAUUGAGUGAUUCAUAAUUUCAUAGCUAUGCAGCCCCAUCACUCUUAAAAGUUUAAAAUUUUUUAAUGAGGGAAGACCGUUAGUUAAUUAAUUGUUGCAAUUAAUUUCACACAACUUCUGCUGCAUUCCCAUUUCUUAUAUGGGUUCUGUUCGGUAACUGAUGCUGAUCAAGGAGAACAGAGUAGAAAGAUGGAAACAAAAAAAAUAAUACAUUUUUGUUACAUUUUUCAAGUAGAACCAGAAUGAUAUUACAAAGCAAUCCUGUUCUUAUUGUGUAUUAAAAUUCAGCAGGGUUUCCUUGAAUUUUAUGUUUAGUUAGGUUGGAUGGUA